AUCUCGUUUGCGUUGUAUUUUUAAACAAUUGCAUUAAUUCUAUAAUUUAACUCUAUGUAAGGAAUUAUUUAUUUAUUUUAAAGGUAAAUUAAAACAGUCAAGAUGGGGCGCCGAUCAAUAAAUACCACUAAAAGUGGUAAAUAUAUGAAUCCCACGGAUCAAGCAAGGAAAGAGGCGAGGAAAAAGGAAUUGAAAAAGAAUAAACGGCAAAGGCAAAUGGUGAGAGCCGCUGUACUCAAGAUGAAAGAUCCAACACAAAUUUUAGAGGAGUUGCAGAAAAUUGAUGAAAUGGAAUAUAAUGUACUGCAACCAUCGCCUCUGAAUGAAAAAGUGUUGAAAGAGAAACGGAAGAAAUUAAGAGAAACAUUUGAUAGAGUUCUCAAGAUGUAUGACAAAGAUGACCCAGAAAAAUGGGUGGACCUCAAGCGUCAAGAAAUGGAAUAUGAGAAAAGGAGAACACAUUUAAUAUCAUAUUAUGAAUCCGUGAAGCAUGCACAGUCUGUUCAAGUUGAUGACAUCCCGUUGCCAACAUUACAAGUCCCAGACAACUUAAUAUUUAGCAAUGUUCCUUCACAAAUACCGUUACCAGUAGAUGCGGUGCUUCCAGCCGCUGUAAAACCUAUAUUGAAAAAGGAUUCGGUAUACAAAGAUAAGCCAGUCGGCCUGGAACCGCCCGGCGUACCACCAGGUCCGCCAUGUGACUUCGAGAUCUUGGUGCUAGAGAAAGAAAAGAUGUUCAAGAAGGACAAAGUUGCCGCCCCUCCCCCCGUAACUACGAAUAACAAAGUUCUAAGGUUCUCUGAUAUGCCUGAUGAAGGACCCCCGGGUGAAUGUGCACCAUUACCAAAGGUCCAAGUAGGAAAACCACCGGUGUUAGAGAACAUCGAUGGUGAGGCAGUGGAUGAGGAUUCCAUUACCCCUGCAGCCGCAGCGGCCGCGGCAGCGACUCAAGCGCCAAAACCGACCUCCUUACAACAACGAAUGUUGGCACUCUCCGGACAAAACAUUGAUGACUUCAUGAAAGAAAUGGAAGAGGUCCACAGAAAGAGGGAACGCGAUAGGGCUGCUGAUCUAAAUGCUAGGUUGAGUGCCCUGAAGCGUACAGGCGGUGGGCGCGACAGUGACUCGGACAGCGACACGGAGGGCCCGCCCCCGCAGCACGUGCCGCACCACGCCGCGCCAGACUUCACGCUGGAGCCGCCCGGCGCCGAGCUCAGGCAGAUGCCGCCGCCAUUGUUACCGCCUGGUCUCCGACCCCCGCCUCUCCGGGCUCCACUGGCGCCACCUAUGCGCUUGGUUCCACCUGGACCGCCGCCCGGACCUCCUGGACCUCCGCCGGGACCGCCUGGACCGCCCGGACCACCUGCAGGUCUUCCCGGCAUGCCUCGUGGUAUGCUCCGUCCCCCGGGUCCACCCCCAGGCGCCCCGCCCCGCCUACUGAGGCCGUUGGUACCGCCGCCACCACCCAAACCGCAUCCACAGCUUUCUGUACUGUCUGCCGCUCCACAACUGAUCACGAAGAAGGAUGGUCAGCAAGGAGCAACAAUCAGCGCCAAACCUCAGAUAAGGAAUUUGUCCGCGGACGUCACAAGAUUCGUGCCGUCAGCUUUACGAGUCAAGAGGGAAGACAAAAAGGCUAAGCCGGGACUCAAAUCUGGAACUAUCCAACGGCAGGCGGACAUGCCCAAACAACUGCCAAGCAAGGACGAUGCUUACAUGCAAUUUAUGAAAGAAAUGGAAGGGUUAUUGUAGCGUUUUGAAAGACUGUUACAAAGUAGACAAUAUAUAAAAAUGGCGUAUUCAAUUACUUAAUAUGUUCAUCAUGCCUUGUUGAGCGGUAAAUUUGUACAAUGAGUGGGAAAACACUAGAAUAUCAAGGUAUUCAAAUACGUCUAAUUGUUUUAUUAAAAGGAGGUAAAAGAGCAGACGGAUCACCUGGUGGUAAGUGAUCAGCGAUUAGUUGCCGACCUUUGAAAAAGUAGUAGUAUGCACGUUGAAUGUUUUCGUCUUUAAAUAUCCCUUUUUUGUUGAGAUUCCUCCCGAAUCUCAUCAAAUGACUCCUUCCGCCCUGAAUGAGGCGAGAGUGUGUGUCAGACUCUUACUGACUAAAAGCUACCGAACAUUAACCCUGUUGUAGGAGGAGGUAGGGAGGGAGACCUAUUAUUAUACUCGGCACGCUUUCUCUCCGCUCUACUACAAAAAAUAAAAAUACUUUAUAAUAGUUUUACCGAAUCUUGCUCGGUAUUUACAAUUACUCAAAUAAAUGAGUCAAAUUGAAUCUGAUGAAGUUUGAAAUCGGUUUCAAAAUUUGUCCCUUUUGGAUACCUUGGUAUACUCCACUUAUACAUAUUUCCAUCACUAUAAUUUGUGGUAAUUUUGACAGCGGAAUUAUGGCAUGAUAGAGAAGAAAAGGAGCUACAAUCACUAAAAAUUCAGCAAUCGAUUAUGCACUAAUAUUCUAAAAAUCUGCACUGCCAUUAGUUCAUUUCAAAUUAUAUUAUAGUAAAAGACGAUCUUUAUGAUGUUGAAAAAGGAUCAAGAGGUCUGAUUUGUAUUUUACUAGAAAUAUUAUCGAAAUAAAGCCCUACUUUACAGUCGGACUGCCGUGUGUUCCCAACAGAUGGCGCUAAUCUGUAGGUUAUUAUUGUCCAAUCACUGUAGUUGUCAAAAAAUUAAA